AUGGUACCUUCCAAGCUCCUGAAGGGCCUCGGAGUGGGAUUCGCUGGCCCCGACUCCUCCCAGAGCAUUGCACUGGUGAACUUAAUUCUGAGUGGCGUGGUUGUGGUCCUUUUGAUCCUGGCGCUUCCGUGGCGCCGCUUGCGGUGGCCGGUCCCGAUGCCGUGGGACAUCUUCCGCAGGGUUUCCUAUGCAAAUUUGCGAAUGGUUCGGCCCGAAUUCUACGAGCUAGAUAGUGUUGUUCUGGAAGUCACUCAGCUGGACCCAUCAAGAUUUGGAAAUGUCAAGGGUGAAGAUGCAACCUUGCCAUUGCAAGAGCUCCUGGAGUGGGUAGCAAAGCACCCGUUCACUGGCUACAAGGGUGGCAUCGCUCGCUUGGUCGGUAAACUUUUGUGGCUGGACUCUGAGAACCCAGAUUUGAUUUCAGAGAUUGCAGGCUUCAACGACAUAGAUCUUAUCUAUUUCCUCCAAGACGGCGAGGACCACAAGAAGGCUGAAAUGAAGGCACUCGUGGAUCAGGGCCUGGAAAUUGGAGGCAUUCCAGUAGAAGCCCAGGAUGUUGAGUACAGCUACGACACUGUGGGAAACAUCCUGGCCACGCGUGACCUAACUCAAAACCAAUGUAUAGUCGUGUCUGAUGAUGAUGGAAAGGUUUUCUUGAUUAAUGCCAAGAUCUGCCGCGAGCACAUGCUUCGAAGUAUGACGGCGCCUGCAACAGCUUCGGAGGUCAGCACGUUGGAUGAUCGUGGCAACGUUAUUGCUGCUCCAAGAGUUGUGGGACGAGCUAUGGUGCAGUGGAUGAAGGGCCGUGCGCGACAUGUGGAGCUCUCGGAGCACACAAGGAAUUUCUACAAGCAACAGAAGCUUCCAAAGAUGACAAUGUUUCAGAUCCUCUCCAAGGCCAAGGGCAAUGAAAUGUACAUGAAGGUUUACACAGAGCUGGUCCGCCUUGGCUUCGUGGAGAAGCAGCAGUACCCGCACGUGCUUUGGGGGGAAUGCUAUGCUCAUGUGAAUUCUCUCAUCGCAAGGCAUGGGUACAGGCUGGAGCUCGAGAGUGAACUCAAUUCCGAAGCUGUGGAGCGGUGGAAGGAGGCCAAAUAUGCAGAGCAGCUUUCACGAACCCGUGUGAGCGCUUUCCGAGACUUCCGCUUCCAUCAGAUGGUUUUGGACGAAAGUUUCCUCGUGCCGUACGGCAUUGCAGAUACUGCUCUUACGCAUAGCCUGAAGGCACACAUUGCUGGUUCGGACAGCUUUGAGCAUCCUUCCCAUGCGCAUUUGUCAUACCUCCGUCAACAACGAAGCACUGCAGCCAUGCACGUGGAGGACGGCUCCAUCAUUGGACAGACGGGCUUCGAGCACACAGAAGUGGGUCGCACCUUUGAAAUGGGUGGUAGCGAGGCACCUGGUAGCCGUACGAGGAUCCUGCGCCGAGCAGCUUUUGAGAGUUCCAAGGCGCGUGCUCGACGCAUCGUUGACCGCAUCUUGACAAGCGGCGGAGCAUUCAUGGAGCAGGAUGAAGCUCUUCCUGACAAUGCCGACCCGAUGCUGGCUCAGAACCUCUUCGGGAAACUGACCUUGACAGAAGCUUUCCUGCAGCUGCUGAGGAUCGGCAAACUGGCAUGGCCAGGAUUUCUGGCAGCCUUCCUCGUAAAUUGCGUGGCCGCCGUGCUAUACAUCCUGGUGAUAAACCAUCUGCUGGGCACCUUCUGGCUUCUCGCAGCUGCGUCGUCCAGCCUGCUGGGCGCUUGGCUCUUCAUUCGGUCUGCGAAUGAUGCUAUGCUGAUCGUGCUGACGUCCAUGUACCUGGCCUUGCUCAACAUCAAGACAGAGGCCUUCACCACGCGGAUGUUUUCAGAAGUCUGGAGCCGACUUGUUGGAGAUACUCGGGCGCUUCAGGGCGUGCUGGAGUCCUGCAAUGACUUCAGCAUCGAGUCUCUGACGGUCAUUGGGGCCUUGUUUGCAAUCCUGGGCCUUGCUGCUACACAGCCAACCUGUGACAGUAAGCCCGUUUGGAAUGCCAUCUUUGUAGCAUUUUCUGCUGGUGCCCUCAUGGCUGCAAUGUCGCUCCUCGCGUGCUUCAGCCUCCGAAGUUGCUCCAGACAGACGCGCAGCAUGAUCGGGUACUUGUACUCUGACAUGUUCAGCACCCUCAGCAACUUCUUUGAAAUUAAGUCCGUGGCCGAGAAGCUGUCGUCAGCAAAGGCGACGUACGAGGAGAUUCAAGAUGCCAACCUAGAGCAACGUAAGAAGCUGACACUGAUCCACCAGGUUAUGCAGAUCUUCCUCCGCUACACGGAACUGGCAUGCAUCACUCUUGCACUCUUCAAGCUCUUCCACUCAACGGCUGUUGGAACUUCAUCUGAGUGCGUUCACAGCUAUUCUGUCUUCGCCGUGUCUGUUCCCAUCCUACUCAGCGCUAUACGCCGGGCAUGUGAGGCGCUGCUGCAGCUGUCUUCCUCCAUUGGUUCCUUGGAGCGUCUGUUCUUACUAUCACGUGCUCUGCUUCGCAUGGCGGCGCCACGCUUCGAUGGCAUCAACAAGCUGUCUGCCGAAGUUUCCCUGGAAAUUCCGCAAGGAUUCACCUACUGCAUGGGCUCAGCACAGUUUGGACCUUUUGCACACAUCCCUGCCCUUGCUGCAGCAAAGACUGGGCAACUGAAUGUCAUGGCCAUGCCGCGCAGUGCUGGAGCAACAACGUUUGCGAAGCUUCUGCUGCGGAUGUUGGAUGCCCCUGCGAAGAUUAAGCUGAACGGAGAACAUGUGGAGCACUAUGAGCUUGAGACCAUCAACUUUUCCAUCCACGUCAUUGAUCACGCUCCUCUGCCUUGCAGCGUGGCUCGAACACCUGGCCAGGGGAGCUCCCUUGCCGAGUAUAUACAGAUGGGCCUUGAGGAUAUGGGUAUGCCUCUGCAGUCUUGCCUAGAGCAGGCAGGCAUGUGGAGUAGGGUGGUCAACCUCCCCAACGGUGUGGAAAGCAUAGAUUGGGCCUCCAACAUGUCAAAGCCAGAGGCCUUCAGGAUCCAGUUGGCCCAGGCCAUCUUCCGAAUAUCGCUUGGGGCCGUCAGGGUGCUUUUGAUUAUUGAUCCGCUGAGAAACUGUAACCAAUGCGAGUUGGAGUCCGUGCGGAGGCUCUGGGUCAAAGCUCUCGAACCCUUGAAAAACCGUGUCCUUGUCUUGAUUGUCGAUCAAACUGGCAAUACAAGUCAGUGGGCGCUUUAA